AUGAUAGUGGAACGCUAUACCGCGACGUUUGUGGCAUUAUCACGGUUUGCAAGUUACUUAGUUCCAGACGAGGAAAAGAAAUGUGAAAAGUUUGAAUGGGGCUUGCAUCCGAGAAUUCGAAGUCGCCUGAUACCCCUAAGGAUCCGUAAUUUCACCGACUUGGUCACACGAGCCACCUUGAUUGAAGAAGACAUGAGGGUGAAUAUGGAACUAUUCAAUCAAAGGAAAAACCAACAACCUCUACCUAAACCCAAUAGAAACAAGAAGCCUGCCCCCAUCUACCGACCACAAUCACCUCAGAGUAUUCCAACAUAUCCGAUUUGCCAAAAUUGCCGAAAGAGACAUCAAGGAAGCUGUUUAGUGGGCCAAAAUGUUUGCUUCAAAUGCGGGCAGCCAAACCAUAUGGCUCGAGACUGCCCAAGGAAUGCGCCGCCGCCAACUACAAAGAGGGGUCAGAGGACCAUCGCACCAACUAGAGUUCUUGCCCUUACCCCAGUGGACGCUGAGACAUCUAAUGAUGUGGUUACAAGUACCAUUCUAUUCUCUCAUUAUGCUACCAUCUUGUUCAACCCGGGUGCCACACACUCUUUUAUAGCACGUGCCUAUGCUUGCUUGAAUGAAAGGGUACCAAAGAGUCUUGAUUGUUCACUAUCAGUUGCAACACCUACUGGUGAACAUAUAAUUUGUGUACUUAGGAAUUGUCCUAUAGAAAUUAGUGGGAGACACCUUCCAGUAGACCUGUUGAUAUUUGAGAUGCUAGGAUUUGACAUAAUCUUGGAAAUGGAUUGGUUGUCUCGAAACCACGCAUGUGUUGAUUGUUUUAAAAAGGAAGUGGUUUUCAAACCCCCGGGCAAGGAGGAAUUCAGUUUUUUCAUAGAAAGAAGAAAUGCCCCACCUCAAUUGAUAUCAACUCUGCAAGCGACUAGAUUAUUAAGACAAGGAUGUUUGGGAUUCCUAGCUAUUCUAGUAGCACCACCUGUAGAAGGACCUAAACUUGAGGAUAUCCCCAUUGUCAGGGAAUUUCUGGAUGUGAUAUGA